UCUAGACCCUUCAAUAUAGCCAUCAGUUCCGCAGCUCGAGGUUGCAACCUAUACAAUAGUCUUUCUCCCAUAGCUCCCAGUCCCACCGAAGAGCCCCUAUUAUCUGUGCACACUGCACACCAACUUGAUUACCAUUCCGGAGUACAGCAGCAUCACAAUUAAGCUUGACAUGGUCCACAGGAGGUGGCAACCAAAUGAUUGGGCGCUGCAACAUUAACAUCACACCUCCCAUUUUGAUUUGAUUUGCAACCUGUGCUUGGAUUAUUCCAGCCCAUAUCACUUGGCCCAAUUUUGAAAUAGAAUAAUUGUCAAUUGAAAUAUAACAGAUCAGAUUUUGGCAUUUUGCUAUAGAAUGCCAAAGAUGUCCAGCAUUUCAGAAAGGUCGGUCUGUUAUUUCAAACACUACUAGCAAUCAGCAAGUCUUUCAUUCACACUUAUCCAGCAGUCAAAGACUCCAUUCUUUCCACCUCUAUUUUCAUUUUUCCUUUCCAGCUAAGCUUUCUUCCUCGUUUCUUCUUCUCCAUUCUGGGAUCACUACGCUAUAUAUAUAUAUUCCCGAGCCGUAUUGCAGAACGUACUCUAAGACAAACCCAACUGUGCAAAUAUGGCAAAUGAGAUAUGGAUCGUUCCGUUUUUCGGCCAGAGCCAUCUGUUUCCUUUAAUGGAGCUCUGCAAGCACUUGGCCUCCAGAAACUUCAAAGCCGUUUUAGUUAUCUCUUCCGAAUUCUCCUCCUCCAUACCCUCAUCUCUCCGCCAAUACCCACUCGUCGAAAUCGCUGAAAUUUCUGAAGCAGCAGCACCACCGUCUGAUUCGUCUUCUCCACCGCAGGAGCCGAGUUCUCAGCCGCUUCACAAACACCACGCACGCUACAGCCAGAUAGCAGUCGGGCUUGACAAACUCCUCCAUGAUCCGGAUUCAGUCCGACGUCGACCCCUUUGUGCCGUUGUUGACAUGAUGAUGAGCUGGACUUCCGAGGUUUUUAACAGAUACGAAAUUCCGGCAGUCAACUUCUUCACCUCCGGUGCUUGCUCUGCCGCCAUGGACUAUGCCAUGUGGAAGAGCCACCCGUUGGAUGAUAUCAAAGCUGGUGAGACCCGUUUACUAUCCGGGUUACCCGAAGAAAUGGCUAUUACGGUUUCGGAUCUUAAGCGACAGUCUCGUGACGGCCCACAAGGAGGCUCGAAAUCCUUCUUUCCUCCUCUUCAGCCACCUCGAACUAAGUUUGGGCCGCCGAGACAUCACCCAGCCUACCCCGGUGACAAACCACCGUGGGUGGAAGAAGUUGAACCAUGUGUAGGAGUCAUGAUCAACACGUGCGAUGAUCUAGAGCAUCCUUUUAUCAAAUACGUCUCCGAUGAGAUUGAAAAACCAGUUUGGGGCGUGGGCCCACUCUUGCCGGAACAAUAUUGGAAAUCGGUCGGUUCGGUUCUUCACGACCGCGAAAUUCGAACCAACCGAAAAUCAAACCUCACCGAAGACGAGGUGAAUCAGUGGCUGGAUACGAAGCCAAGUGGAUCCGUGCUGUACAUAUCGUUCGGAAGCUUGGUGGGUCCCAACAAGGAGGAGCACGAGAUACUAGCCGAGGCGUUAGAAGCGUCAGCACGGCCAUUCAUAUGGGUGGUCCAAGCGAAUGCGGGCCUCUGGCCGCCGGGUCCUCGUCGCCCCGCACUACCCGAAGAGGCUUAUUUUCCGCACGGGUUAGAUGCUCGAGUCGGAAAAAGAGGCUUGAUCAUACAUGGUUGGGCCCCACAGCUGUUGAUUCUGAGCCAUCCAUCAACAGGAGGAUUCUUAUCGCACUGUGGGUGGAAUUCAACUGUGGAGGCAAUUGGUCGGGGAGUCCCAUUCUUGGCGUGGCCAUUUAGAGGGGACCAAUACCCCAAUGCUAAAUUAGUAGUGAGCCAUCUCAAAGUUGGGUACCUGAUUUCUGAGGACUUAUCACGGACAAUAAAGGAGGAGGAUAUAACGAGAGGAAUUGAGAAGCUACUGAGUGAUGAAGACAUGAAGCAACGAGCAGUGAAGCUUAGUGGUAAGUUUGAGCAUGGCUUUCCAACAAGUUCUGUUGCAGCUUUAGAUGCCUUUGGAGACUAUCUUGGACAUAAAAACAAAGCAUCUUGUCAUUUGCCUUUUGUCUUGGUAGGUUAAUCAGAAGAGUUUCUGUUUGACUUCUUUUCUCCUCUUCGUACUAAUGUAUAAUUAAUAAGACUAUAGAUCUGAAUCUUGAUGCCUCAA